UGAGUAAGUGGGCAGUUUUGCUGGUAGAGGAGAGAUUAACUUGGUUAGCGGGGGUGGAAGAGACUGUGUUAAAUUAGAACAAAAAAAAAUCGAUAAGUAGGCAGUUGUUUCAGAUUAAAAUACAUUAUAUUUCAUCUAUAUACUUACACUUGACGAACGGACACGUUUAAACGGUUUUUGAUCGGAGUUUUUCCCCCUUUUUUGUACAAAGGGAAAGUAUUGCUUAGCGUCAGACAGGCCCAGCCUUAUUGUUCAGUUUGCUUUCCGUCUUCCCAAAAUAAUCGCUUAAAAUUCCGACUUUUUUUCGGUGGAUUGAUCGCUAUUCGGUCACUAAAGCCGUCUCUCGCCUUGCAACAAAGCGAUUUGUGUCUGUUGGGAGGUGCAAACACGGGUUGUUUUUCUGGUUUUCGACGGCUCAUGAGAAAAUUACCCACUCGAUAAAAUGAAAACUGAGAUCUCCACAGCUGCGAAGUUUAUCACCCGGUUGCUGAGGACAACUGGUUUCCUGUCCGAAGACCAACUCCAACGUUUUAGUCAGUCUCUGGAAGAAGCCUUGGGAGAACAUUACAAACAACACUGGUUCCCACAGGCUCCCUGCAGGGGCUCGGGCUACCGGUGCAUCCGGAUCAACCACAAGAUGGAUCCUUUGAUAGGAAAAGCCGCCAGCACCAUCGGACUCAACCGGGAGCAGCUCUUCACGCUGUUGCCCAGUGAACUGACACUGUGGGUCGACCCGUUCGAGGUUUCCUAUCGUAUAGGAGAGGAUGGGUCCAUCUGUGUCCUGUACGAGUCCACGCCACCCGCCAUUGUGAAUCCCAGUGUGGUGGACAGAAACAGCUGUAAGGAAGAACUCAGGUUCGGAAGGUCUAGCCCUUCCAAGUCGUACAAUAUGAUGACCGUUUCAAGCUAAGCUUUACAUACGAAGCUGUUUUUGUACAGUCCUGUAUGUAUUUUGCCGUCAUUUGAUAAUGUAAUUGUUGUUCCUCUUCUUUCUUUAGACAUUAAAGUUAAGUAUAACUGCCAAAACUAUUUGUUUAUUGUGGCCAAGGGCUAUUGUACAAAAUGAGCUGCAUUGUAACGUUCCUGGAUUGUAUGAUGUAAAUUACAUGUACAGUCAUGUGGCGGUGUUUUACAGAUUUAUAUUUUAAAACAAAUCCUUGGGUAUUUGUAAUAAAACUCCCAUAUUUGAGCAGUG